GAUCAUCUUAAAGCUUUGUUUGACAUAAGCGGACGUGCAGUCCUACGGCAAGAGCCCCGCGCGUAACUCGCGCAGCCCAUUAGGCGCGUUUCAUGGGGAUCUAUAGAUGACAAGACCUGCACGCUGCGGGUUGCUCUCAGCAUCUACAGGGAUCUCUAAUGUGGAACAUGGCGAGAGGGAUGAGAGGAGCUCAUCUCCUCGCUGUAUUUUUUACUUUGUCCAUGACACGUUUUAGGGACGCCAGUGGACAAGAAACUUUUAAUGACCUAACAGGUUUUAGUUUGAAUCCUCCGUAUUUCAACCUCGCCGAGGGCUCUAGUAUCUCUGCCACAGCAACCUGCGGUCAGGAUGAGAAUGGGACACCGAGAUAUGAUUUAUACUGUAAGCUUGUCGGAGGACCGAACACCGGACCUCCUACUCAGAAUAUACAGGGUCAGUUCUGUGAUUACUGCAACUCCAAUGAUCCAAGCAAAGCCCACCCAGUGACCAACGCCAUUGAUGGGACCGAGCGGUGGUGGCAGAGCCCUCCUCUCUCCAGGGGGCUGGGGUACAAUGAGGUGAAUGUAACCCUGGACCUCGGGCAGCUCUUCCAUGUGGCGUACAUCCUCAUCAAGUUUGCUAAUUCUCCUCGUCCUGACCUGUGGGUGCUAGAGCGCUCAGUGGACAAUGGGAGAACCUUCAGCCCCUGGCAGUAUUUUGCACAUUCAAAGCAUGAGUGUAUUGAAAAGUUCGGAAAGGCGCCCAGUGCUCGUAUAUUAAAUGAUGACGACCAGCUCUGCACCACAGCGUUCUCACGAAUUGUGCCUUUGGAGAAUGGAGAGAUUGUGGUGUCACUGGUCAAUGGUCGGCCAGGAUCCAAAAACUUCACUUACUCACCAGUGCUACGAGAUUUCACAAAGGCCACCAACAUCCGCCUACGCUUCCUCCGCACCAGCACCCUGCUGGGCCACCUCAUCUCUAAAGCCCAGAGAGACCCCACUGUCACACGCAGGUACUACUAUAGUAUCAAAGACAUCAGCAUCGGUGGACGCUGCGUUUGUCAUGGGCAUGCACAGGUGUGUGGUGGGGGGCGUGACCCAGACAACCCAAACAGACUCCAGUGUGAAUGCCAACACAACACCUGCGGUGAGUCAUGUGACCGCUGCUGCCCAGGCUUUAACCAGAAACCAUGGCGUGCUGCAACUGUCAAUAGCCCGAACGAGUGUCAGCCCUGCCAGUGUUUCUCCCAUGCUUUUGACUGUUAUUACGACCAAGAGGUGGAAAAGAGGGGAGCAAGUUUAGACACCUUCGGCAGGUACGACGGAGGGGGAGUGUGCAUCGACUGCCAGCAUAACACUGCCGGAGUGAACUGUGAGCGAUGCCUUGAAGGCUUCUACAGACCUUAUGGAGUACCUCCCGAGUCUCCCACUGGGUGCAUACCCUGCAGGUGUGAUGAAAGGACUACAGCAGGCUGUGAAAUGGGCUCUGGAAGGUGUCUCUGCAAGCCACAAUUUGCAGGAGAGAACUGUGAUCGCUGUGCUGACGGAUACUUUUACUACCCUCAGUGCAUUCGAUAUCCCAUAUACCCGGCGACCACCAAAUCCCCUGCAGGUCCUAUUGUGGAGCCCACUGCCUGCCCUCCAGGUUAUUUCGGCUCACCCAACUGUCAGCAGUGCCUUUGUGACUACCGAGGGACACUGUACGGGGGUUGCGAUGCUUUGGGGCGCUGCCUGUGCCGUCAGGGUGUGGAAGGGGAGCGAUGCGACCGCUGUCAACCUGGAUACCACUCCUUCCCAAGCUGCCAGGCGUGUCUUUGUGAUGGGGCUGGCGUGGCUGACAGUGAGUGUGGUCCAAAUGGCCAGUGUAUCUGCCUGCCUAACUAUGGUGGACAGGAGUGUGACGAAUGUGCGCCUGGCUACUAUGGAUACCCAGACUGUGCUGCCUGCCGAUGCUCACCCGAAGGCUCGCAUGGCAACAUAUGCAACCCAUUGUCGGGUCAGUGCCUGUGUCUGCCAGGGGUGGUGGGCCAGCAAUGUGACCGCUGUGCUUCUGGACUCAGGUUCCCCCAGUGCUCAGCUGCCAUUAGUCAGUGUAAUGUGGCAGGAACAGAGGUCGUCAAUCCUCAAACGGGCUCCUGCCGCUGCCUACCAAACGUAGAGGGAACCCUGUGCAACAGGUGUAAAUCUCUCUAUUGGAAUCUGGCCACAGACAACCCUCGUGGCUGUAUGGAGUGUCGAUGUGAUUUGAAAGGGACCCUGAGUGGUGUCGGAGAGUGUGAACAGAAAAGUGGACAGUGUCACUGUAAGCCUAAUGCAUGCGGACUCUCGUGUGACUCCUGCAAGGAUGGAUACUUCAUGCUGCAGAAAAAGUACUAUUUUGGUUGUCAAGGUUGUCAGUGUGAUGUUGGUGGUGCCAUUGGCAUGGCGUGUGAUGAGAUAUCGGGAAUGUGUCGAUGUCGGAAGAAUAUAGUUGGCCGUCAGUGUACUGAGCCAGCACCAAGCUACUACUUUCCUACUUUGCACCAGCUGAAGUUUGAGGUUGAGGAUGGCACCACGCCAAAUGCCAGACCGGUACGCUUUGGUUAUAAUCCUCAAGAGUUCCCAGAUUUCAGCUGGAGAGGUUAUGCUGUCAUGUCCCCUGCACAGAGUGAAGUCAGAGUAACAGUGCAUGUUGACCCAAAAGAAGCGAGGGAGCACUUAUUCCGUGUGGUUCUGCGGUUCAUUAACCCCGGCAGCACCAGUGUGACCGGUAGCAUCAAAGCUACCAAUAACAGAGGCACUGCAGGGUCAGAUCAGAGCAAGGAAAUAAUAUUCCCCGUGAGUCGCUCCCCAUCCUUCCUCACUGUCCCAGGAGAAGGCUUUGCUGAGCCCUUUGCUUUGACUCCUGGGAAAUGGAUCAUUCAUAUAAGGGCAGAGGGUGUACUGCUGGACUAUUUAGUUCUGCUUCCCCGGGAAUACUAUGAGGCUCCUCUGCUGCAGGAAAAGAUCACCCAGCCCUGCACAUACCUGCCCACCGCAAACGGGAACACAAACUGUCUAUUGUAUAAGCAUGUGGCCAUGGAUGGCUUUAGCUCUGCACUGGGCUCACAGGGAAGAUUCUUCAGCCGCAGCAGGCGCCGGAGGAGGCAGGCUCGUGUGCGGCGUCCCACCCCAGAUCACCCUGAGAUGGCUGUUCUCAAUGGUAGACAGUCUCAACUUCAGCUCAGUUUGCGUGUCCCUCGCUCUGGCCCAUACACACUUGUCCUAGAGUAUGCCAGCGAGGUGGACACUGUCCAAAAUGUCAACAUACUCAUCAGUGGCCAGCUAGAUGGCCAGAUCCCAGCCAGGGCUAAUAUUUACAGUUGUGCCUACAGCUUUUUGUGCCGGAGUGUGGCGGUGGACAGCAGUAAUCGGGUGGCAGUGUUACAGCUUAGUCACAGGACAGAACUUCUCCUGCAGACUUCCACAACCUCGUUCCUGCUGUACAAACUGUAUGCUGUGCCUGCAGAAGAGUUCUCAAUUGAGUAUGUAGAACCCAAGGUGCUUUGUGUCUCUACUCAUGGCCGCUUCACCGAAGACAGUCAGCACUGUGUUCUGAGGCAAUUUGACAAGCCAGCCUCAGCCUGGAUUUUGUAUGCAGCCCGUGAUGGACAGCUAUCAUCCACAGCAGCUGUUGCUCCCCAGCGAAGAGACAAUGAGGACUGGAGAUGGAGACGACAGACGGGGUUGUUUCCCAUCCAUGAACCUCAGAGUGAUGGGAUACUGCUGAAAUUCCCUCAGACAGAGAUCAGUUUCACUCUUAGGGUGCCCCUCCCGGGCAGAUAUGUGGUUGUGGUCCAUUAUCACCAGCCUGAACAUACUUCCUUCCCAGUGGAGGUCCGAGUGGAUGCUGGACGUGACUGGAGGGGUUCAAUAAAUGCAUCCUUCUGCCCUGCGGUCUCAGGCUGCAGGGAGGUUGUCAUCACUGACAGACGCAUUGCCCUUGACUUGGAACAAAAUUCUUGGCGACUGCCCACCAUCUCUGUAAUCGUGCCACAGAGGAAGACCCUUAUUCUGGAUUAUAUCAUGUUGGUUCCUGAUAGCAGUUACACCCCAGAUCUCCUGAAAGAGAAGCUGUUGGAUAAUUCUGCAGAUUUCAUACAACAAUGCAGAGGAGAAGGGUUCUUUAUUGACCCGAGAACUUCUUCCCAGUUCUGCAGAGACUCUGCCCGUUCUCUUGUAGCUGCCUACAAUGAUGGAGCUCUGGCUUGCAACUGUGAUAUAUCCGGCUCGACAGGGUCCACUUGUGACCCAGUUGGAGGACAGUGUCCGUGCAGGCAACACAUCAUUGGUCGACAGUGCACAAAGUGUGCCACUGGAUACUAUGGCUUCCCCUACUGCAGACUGUGUGAGUGCGGUCGCCGACUGUGUGACGAGGUGACGGGACGCUGUAUCUGCCCUCCUCAGACAGUCAGACCAGCCUGUGAUGUGUGUCAGGAUCAGACUUUCAACUACCACCCUUUGCUGGGCUGCGAGGAGUGUGAGUGUUCUCCGGAUGGCAUCAGAGCCAACGCAGGACCUGGCUGUGAACGCAUCACUGGACAGUGCAGUUGCAAGCCUAGGAUUGGGGGCCGACAGUGUGAUCGCUGUGCUGCAGGUUACUAUCGCUUUCCUGACUGUGUACCGUGUAACUGUAAUCAAGGUGGUGUCACACCUGACGUGUGCCACCCAGACACAGGGAGGUGUCUCUGCAAGAGAAAUGUGGCUGGCGUCAGGUGUGAUACCUGUCGGGAAGGUUCCUUCUACUUUGACCCCUCCAACCCUCACGGCUGUACCAGCUGCUUCUGCUUCGGAGCCACUGACCAGUGUCAGAGCUCCAGCAAACGCAGGGGGAAGUUUGUUGAGAUGCGAGGCUGGCGUUUGGAAAGACCUGACCAAGAGGAGGUUUCUUCUGUGCUGAACACAGCCAGUAACACAGUGGUGGCCGACAUCCAGGAGCUUCCUCCUACAGUUCAGACUCUACACUGGGUGGCACCACAGUCCUACCUGGGAGACAGAGUUACAUCUUAUGGUGGUUUCCUUACCUAUCAGUCCAAAUCCUUUGGGAUUCCCAGUGAGGGGAUGACUCUGAUGGACAGAAGACCCGAUGCUGUGCUGACUGGUCAGGAUAUGACCCUCGUCCACAUGGCUCCACAAGUCCCACUUCCAGACAGGUUGUAUCAGGGCAGAGUCCAACUUGUGGAGGGAAACUGGCGCCAUGCUGUCACCAACAGGCCCGUGUCCAGGGAGGAGCUCAUGAUGGUCCUAGCUGGUCUGGUGGGCCUGAGGAUCCAAGCUUUGUACUUUACUCAGACCCAGCGGCUAAGCCUGGGGGAGGUGGGCUUGGAGGAGACAACUAACAGGGGAACUGGGGGUCCUGGAAACACUGUGGAGCAUUGUUCCUGUCCCCCUCAGUACACCGGAGAUUCCUGUGAGAAAUGUGCUCCUGGUUUCUACAGAGAUCGCAGUGGGUCUUACCUGGGCCGCUGUGUGCCCUGUGAGUGCAAUGGUCUGGCUGAUGAGUGUGAAGAAAGGACAGGGAGGUGCCUGAACUGCCAGUACAACACAGCUGGGGACCGAUGUGAACGCUGCAAAGAAGGUUACUAUGGAAACGCGGCUCAGAGGACAUGCAGACUUUGCCCGUGCCCAUUCAGCCAGCCCACAAACAGUUUUGCAUUAGGUUGCAGAGAGGUGUUUGGAGACUUCCAGUGUAUAUGCAGAUCAGGCUACACUGGAGACAGGUGUGAGAGAUGUGCUCCUGGUUACUAUGGUGAUCCACUGAUAUCAGGAGGAAGUUGUCGGCCCUGUAAUUGCAAUGGCAAUGGUAACAACUGUGAUCCCCGAACUGGAGUUUGCAAGAACACACUGCCAGGAGACACAAACACAGAUGAGCACUGCCAAGAGUGUGACAGUUGUGCCCAGACGUUAUUACGUGAUCUGGAGAAGCUGGAUGAUGAGCUGGGAAGGAUCAAGGCUCAGCUGGACAACGCCACUGCCAGUGCCUCCUCUCAGGACAGGCUGAAGAAGCUGGAGAAGGCCGUGUCAGACACCAAGAUUCUUGUCAACAAAUUCAGCUCUGCCGUCAACACCCAAAAGUCCAGAGUCCAACAGAUGGAAGAGGACAUGAGCAGUCUCACAGAUGACAUCAGCUCACUCAAAGACAAGGCAGAUAAAAAUGCUGCUGAUGCUGACACGGCAGUGACAGAAGUUGAGAAAACCCAUAAGAGGGCUAAGGACCUGGACUCGGAGAUUCAAAACAUGCUCAAGAAAAUCCAAGCUCUACUUGAGCAACUGAAGGAGGCAGGCACUAGCGGUGAAACGUUGCCAAGUGAAAGCCUGGCUAAAAUGCUAGAAGAGGCUCAGAGAAUGGUGAAGGAGAUGCAGGACAGGAACUUCACCCCUCAGAAGACAGCUGCCGAGAAAGAACGGGAUGAGGCCAUGAAACUUCUUGACUACAUCAAAGCUAAUGUAAGCAAGCAGCUUGACCAGAACGAGGCUGCAGCAGAGAAGAUUCGGGGCCUUCUGAAUGAUUACGAAGCCAAGCUGAAGGACCUGGACGAGGCUCUGAAGGAGGCGACGGACUUGGUGAAAAAAGCCAACGCAGAGAAUGGACUCAGUGCUAAGGCACUGGAAGAUCUGAAGAAACGUAUUGAAAACUUAAAAAAGGAGCGGAAGACUGUUGAGGACCAGAUGUCCAUGGCAGAGGACGAGCUGCAGAAAGCUGUGGAUUUGGUGAAAAUGCUCAGCGACAGUAAAACGGAGUACGAACAGCUGGCAGCACAGCUGGAUGGUGCCAAGACUGAUUUGACCAAGAAGGUGAAUGAAAUUUCCAAAGCAGCAGCCAAGGAGGACAUUGUGGUUGCUGCAGAGGAACAUGCUAAGAACCUUAGCAUGUUGGCAAAGGAACUUGAGGAUGCCGUGAAGAACGCAAGUGGACGUCCUGAGGUGCGUAAUGCCAAAGACGCUAUCGGGGUCUACAAGAACAUCACAGAUGCCAUUAAUGCCGCUGAGGCAGCUGCUAACGAGGCCAAAGAUGCAGCAGACAAGGCCUUGAAUAGUGUAAAGAACCAGAAACUCACAGAAAAAGCAAAAAACCUGAAAGAUACGGCUGAUGACCUACAGCAGGAUGCACUUGAGGCAGAGGAAGACCUUCAGGACGCUACCAACGAACUUGAUGAGCUGAAGAAGCGCCUGAAGAAUGCUGACGAGAAGAAGAAAACUCUUGAGAAAGACCUGCUUGAUGCAGAGAACCAAUUAAAUGACAUCAAGAGAGAUGACAUUGGCAAUAGGAUAGAUGAAGCCAAAAGAAAGGCAGCUUUAGCCAAUGUCACAGCCAGAGACACUAUGGACAAACUGAAUGCUAUCAGAGAGGAAAUUGACAAGAUCAAUGUUGGUCCUGGGGACUCCAACUUAAGCAGUGUAUUGGACAAUGCUGACCGGUCAGUGAAGGACUUACUGAAUACCAUCCCAUCUCUGAAUAAUAAGAUCUCAGAGGUUGAGAACCUGACCUCAAACUUCUCACCCAUUACCAACAUAUCUGAGAACAUCAAGAAGAUCAAAGACCUCAUUGAACAAGCCCGGGACGCAGCUAACAAGAUUCCAAUCCCAAUGAAGUUCACAGGCGAGGGCCACGUGGAGCUGCGUCCACCAAAGAACCUGGACGAUCUGAAGGCCUACACAUCCCUGACUCUCCGGCUGCAGAGGCCUGAAGGCAGGGGAGAUGGAAGACGCCGACGCAGACAGGCCAGAGACUCAGGAGACAUGUUUGUGUUGUACCUAGGCAACAGAGAUUCUUCUAAGAACUACAUAGGUAUGGUUCUGAGGAGCAAUGUCUUGCACGGUGUGUACAAGCUCAACGGAGUCGAGUACGAGAUGAAAUCAGGUUACAUCACCAAGUCUCCAUCUGAGCCGGCCAAGUUUGAUAAAGUGGAAUUCAACAGAAUUUACCAAGAUGCAGAGAUGCUUCUUACCAAAGAUGUCACCUCGGCCACUUCUGGUGAUGAAAGUCAGACCGGCGUGCAAGGACAGGACAACAAGAACCUUCUGGACCUCAGCCCCAGUGAUAUUGUUUUCUAUGUUGGAGGCUACCCUUCCAACUUCACUCCACCAGCUUCUUUGGACUACCCCAAGUACAAGGGCUGCAUUGAGUUCUCUUCCUUUAAUGACAAGGUCAUCAGUCUCUAUAAUUUCAAACAGGCAGAGAAAAUUAAUUUGGAGACUCCAUGCAAGAGGUAUGUGCUGCCAGAGGAUUCUCACUACUACGAAGGCACUGGAUAUGGCAGAGUGUUGACAGAUAGACCAUCGUCCUUCCUCCUCUUUAGUAUGUCCAUCUUCACUCGUUCAGAAAACGGUCUACUCUUAUACAUGGGAAAUGAGAACGAAUACUUCACCGUAACAGUGGAGAAGGGUUUCAUUGUUAUACGAAGUAAUUUGAUUGCAGCACCAGAAGAAAGCAAGGAAAAAAUAUUCCAGGCAAACGGCUGGACAGAUGUCCUCAUCAUCAAAAGCAACGGACAAUUUGAAGUCCGCGCCAACACUGCCACACUAGCUGUAGUCAAGGCUAAGGUCAACGAAAACGAAUUUAAAGAUUACUAUAUUGGCGGUGCCCCCCUAGACGUGAGGGAAAGACAUAACAUCACCAUGCAGCCAUUCAAAGGAUGCUUGAAGAAUCUGAAGUUGAAUCGGGACUUUAAAACUCUGGAAGAACAAGUGGGCAUCAGCAAAGGCUGCCCCACAAAUUCCCUGGUUUCUCGCAAAGCAGAGUUCAGCUUGGGAAGCUCCUUGUCAGCUGGACUCAAAGGCUUCAGUCUGGCUGACGAUGUUACUGUCUCUCUCGGAUUCAAGAGCACAGAGAAUCAGGGUCUCAUUCUACAGAACAAAGAGUCGGCUAAUGGGAUUAAUCUUGCAUUGGAAAAUGGCUACGUAAUUCUCACUUUCAACAGCAACAGGUGGAAAUCUAACAAACAAUACCACGAUGGCCAGUGGCAUUACUUGACUGCAACCAGAAGAGCUGGAAGAACUGAGCUGCUUAUUGAUGAUGAAGACCAGGGCCAGGAGCAGGGUGACAGCGCUUCCGUACCUGACACAGCUGGCUCCGUGGUCCUGGGAAAAGAUCAGUUCAAAGGCUGCAUUUCCAACCUCUACACAAGACGGCCAGAGAAUCUAUACAAGGCUGAGGACUUAAACGCCUUCAAGGCUUCUGGAGAUGUCCUUCUUGAUGUGUGUAAUUCUGACACCAUUGCUCAACUGAUGCUGGACCGCAUUCCUAAAAAGGAUGGCGGGAUGCAGGUGAUAAAUGAGAGUGUAUCGAUGUGUGCGCUGCCAGCCCUGGUUCGCCAUGCUUAUCGCAUGGGGGGCCCUGUUAGCACCCUGAGCUACAGUCUUCCACUACAGGUCCUGCAGCCCAGACCCCACUUCUCUGUGGAUGUCAGGACUCGAUCUCCUGAAGGGCUGCUGUUCUUUGCUGCUACCAGAGGAGGGCACUCUCAUCUUGCUUUAUACAUGUCCAAGGGCAGGAUCAGACUGUCUGUGGGUAAACAAAAGGAGAUCUUCAACCGGGAGAAGUACAAUGAUGGAAAGUGGCAUUCGGUCAUAUUCAGUUUGGAGAAGAAGAAGUUCCGAUUGGUUGUAGAUGGGAUCAGAGCUCAGGAUGGUCAGCUGACAAAUUCUGAGUUGACAUCCAUGCUGCAAUUCAUGUCACCUGUGUACCUGGGCAGUGCCCCAGAAUCCCUUCACAAACAGUUAAAGUCAAAGGCCCUUCCAAAACAAAGUGUAUCUGGCUGUAUCCGCAAUUUUAAAAUGAAUGGAGCACCAAUGUCAAAUCCAACUGCAAACCAUGGUGCUGGACCCUGCUUCGAGGGACCGACACAAAAAGGGGCCUAUUUCUCAGGGAAUGGAGCAUAUGUUAUUAUCAAUGACUCCUUUGUUGUGGGCUCCAGCUUUGAGCUGUUGUUUAAUAUUCGUCCACGGAGCCCGACCGGACUCCUGCUACAUGUUGGUGCUUCCAGCAGGAUGCAAUAUGGAUCCACAAUGGGCCACUAUCUCAGUAUCUACAUGCUCAGAGGAGAGGUGGUGGCACAGGUUAACAAUGGAAAAGGGGAAUUCAUGGUGUCAGUGAAACCAAAAGCUUCUUUAUGUGAUGGAAUGUUUCAUAAAAUUUCAGUAAUCAAGAGGAAAAAUGUUGUGCAACUGCAUGUGGACACAGUGGACAAUUACAAGAUUGGGCCACCAACUUCCACUACCACUUUGACCAAAGACCCCCUGUAUGUGGGUGGCAUUCCUGAGAUGUAUGCAAUGGAACAGACACUCCCCGUCACAUCGUCCUAUGUGGGAUGCAUCCAGGACAUGAGGAUCAACGAAGACCCGGUCUCUUUCGGCAGGCUUUCUGCUGUGUUUGGUCCAGUCAACCUCAAAGAGUGUCCGGGUUGAACAAAAGCGCCCCACUGCAUCAUCAUCAAACAAACCUUGGGACCACAUCCGUCGCCAACCAUGUGCAAUCUGUUACCGAGACAGAGAAUGUGUUUGUAUGAAAGAAUGUAAAAUAUGUAUUAUGAGAAGUGUGUUUCAGUGUGAGUAUGUGUGUGUGUAAAUCUGUGAAUGUGAGUGUGUGUAUUUGUGUGUAAAAUAUCUGUGAGCAGCAGCUGACAGUUUCAAAAUAUUUGCUGCUCUGUUAAACAUUUUUCUGUAUUUAUUUUGUGAUAAAAUCAUGUAACAUGGCAACAGUUCAUGAAUACAUAUUCUUAUAAUUGUUUUACAGCCUGAUGUAUUGGUCCAGUAAUUAUUUCUCUGUUGACAAUCAAAUGCUACUGAAUAUGCUAGUGAUCGGUCAGGGCUGCAGUUUGAGCAACCCAGCACUUUAAGAAGACAAAUUAUGCUUUUUUUUGACGGUGCUUUGGUAGAGAUUAGCCAAUGUUCUUUUGUUUGUUUGUUGGACGCAAAAAUUUAUACUAGAAAAAUUACGUUUACACCCACGGUGCUUAAUUCAGUGACAUUUCAGGGGUUGCCAAGCUAUUUCAUAUUCACAUUCACAUCCCCACAUGUAGAUAUCUGCAUUUUAACUGGUUUAACUAGAAAUGGCGUCUUCACACAGGUCAUGAAUUCACAUGGUUUUUCCCAUGUUGUAUUACUGUUGCCCUGAAUUCAUUUUCCAUUUUGCAUUCCUUUUGCAUGCAUGAAGAUGUUCUGUGUGGCUGUUAAUGUCAAUUACACCAGAAAACAACAUGCACUGCAUUUUGUGGAGCAGUGUCUCUAAGUUGAAAAUCCAAAAUACAAUACACUACUCUCACUAUUCUGAUCAGUCAUGUUUGGGACCAUGUAGCCAAUAUUACUAUAAAGAUGAAAGUAAGAUAGGCCCCCGAAAAAAGCAUUUAACACACCUAAAUUCUUCAGCAAGUGUUUACCUACCUGCUUUGUACAUUUACACCAAAAUUUGUGAUAUGAGAAAAAAUAUGCAUGAUAAUUGGACAUAUUUGUACAUGCCUGUGUUGCGACCACUGAUUUUUAAUUCUCUUGUUGUCCAUGUAAUGUACUUCAUAAAUAGUUCUCUGCGCCAUAAGAAGGUCUUGAAAAAUAUCUUUUUACUUGUGAUCAUGGUGACAACUCAUUAUUUCAUGUACUGACACAUGAUUUUUGAAAAAUCCGGGGUUAAUUGUUGAAUUGUACUCAGCAACGUGUAUACUUU